AUGGUUAGACCACGCACAAGAAGCUCCAUCACCCAUGGCGAAACCCCCUCCGGCGAUCUCCCAGCUGCUGCAACUCGCCCAGAAAACGAUCACGUCCAUGGCGACACCACCACCAGCACUCUCCCUCAUGUGCAUCAAGAAUCAAUGGCCACUGAAACUCCUCACGAAAGAGCUCCUCCUGUUCCUGAGCACAUCAACACACGGCCUCGUCUCCAAGUUGAAGACACUCCCUACUUCUUGAGCUCGGCAAAUCAUCCUAACCUCAUCCUCACCACUUCUCUUCUCACUGGUCCCAAUUAUCAAUCAUGGAAAAGAGGCAUUUCUGUUUCCCUAGCAGCCAAAAACAAGACUGCCUUUGUCGAUGGAUCCCUUCCCCGACCCCUUCCCACUGACCCUUAUCUAUCACAUUGGCUCAGAUGUAACAACAUGGUGAUUUCUUGGAUUUUACACUCUGUUUCUCCCAAUAUAGCCGAAAGCAUCAUGUUUUGUACCAAUGCUAUGUGGAAAGACUUGUCUGAUCGUUUCAAUAGAUGCAAUGGGCCUAGAGUUUUCCAACUCAGAGAAUCGGCUAUUGCUCUCAAGCAAGGCAACCAAGAUAUCUUGACAGGGUUAAAUGAGUCUUACCAUCCAGUUCGUGCUCAGAUUCUUCUACUUGACCCUAUCCCGAACAUCUCCAAGGUGUUUUCUAUGGUCAUUCAAGAAGAAAGCCAGCGGACACUUGGCUCUACCACCGUUCAUUCCUCUUCCACCAUUGCUGCUGCAACGGCACCUUCAACUCAAUAUCACCCUCCUCGUUCCAAGAAGCCCCGCCCCUUUUGCACCCAUUGCAAUAGACCAUGCCAUUUAAUUGAUAAGUGCUACUUCUUACAUGGCUUCCCUCCUGGAUAUGGUGCUCCUCGAAACCCUCAGGAAAAACUCAAAGCUGUUGCCAACAUUGCUUCCACCACAACCAAAGACUCAGAUCCCUCCCUUUUUUGUUCACUCAACAUCUGA